AUGCUCGAGUUGAUUCUGGAAAACCCAGAAACAACACACGAUUUGGCUAUCUAUGAAUUUAACGAACAUUCAAGCGAGAAUAAACUCGUUGAAAAGUUAAUCAUUUUUUGUCACGGAGCUGGAGGAAGAGCUGGUCAAUUUGAAAAUGUUUGUUCACUAUUAUCGGAACAGCAUAAAGAUUGGCAUUUGAUUGCUCUCGAUCAAAUCGGUCAUGGAAAAAGUUUUUCUUCUGACAAGACCUAUGACAAGGCCGAUUUUAAAUUUGAAAAAUUGUACUCAAAUUUAGAAUUUGUAGUCAACCAUUAUAGAAACAAAUACGAGCAAAAUGGUCACACGGUGGAGCUCAUUAUCGUGGGUCAUUCGGUGGGCAGUGGUUUAUCCAUGAAAUUUGUUUCCAAACAUACGGACAUUGUCAAGAAAUUGAUUUUAUUAGGAACGAAAGAAGAUGCUCCAGGUCAAUCGCCUGUGUGGAUAUUGCCAGUUUUUGCUUUGGAUAUGUUGAGAGGAGUGUUUAGUGCAAAUUUUAAAAAGCUGGCCUAUCACGAGUCAACCAGUGACGAAAUUAUUGAGAAAGAAUCAGAGAGUACCAAAAAUAAUUCCAUGUUCAUGAUGAAGAGCAUUUGCACGCAAUUACAAUGGCCAACGCAUGAUGAAAUUGCAUCCAUUAAAAUACCAACCUUGGUAAUUGCUGGCGAAACCGAUGGUUUGACACCGCCCGAAAAGGGAAAGUUGGUACAUGAGCUUAUUGAGGGCAGUCAAUUUGUGGUGCUGGAAAAGACGUCACACAACAUGAUGAUUGAAAAACCUGCCCUAGUGGCUGAUGCUAUUGAAAAAUUUUUAACAUGUGAGGAAGAUUUGUGA